GGCCUGGUAUGAGUAGCUUUUACUCCUAGUCUCCCAACAGUCCAGUAGUCCACAGCCAUCUCCGUCUCCGGCCACCGCAUCGCCAUGGCCUCCGCCUCGUCCGGCGCCGCGGCCUUCUCCCGCCUCGUCGACCGCACCCGGGUCCCGGACCCCACGCUCCAGCGCCACGCCGUCGCGGCCUUCUUCCGCCAUCUCCUCACGCUGUCCCCUCCUCUCCCCGCGGCCGCCCACGACGGCAUCUCCUCCCUCCUCGCUUCCCCGCACGCCGCUGUCGCCGCCUACGCCUCCGCGUCCCUCGCCCGCCUCGCGGUCUCCCGCACCGACCUCCUCGCCCCCGACGAGGCCCUCCCGUUCCUCAUCGCAUCCCUCUCCGCUUCCCCGUCUCCCCGCCUGGCCUCAUGCCUCGUCAAGGCCGUAGCCGCGCUCGUUUCCUGCGUCCUCCGCUCGGGCCCCGCUGGCUCACGCUUCCCGCCCCACAACCACCCCUUCGUCCAGGCUCUCGCGUCGGCUGCUGACGGCGCGCGCGCGGAGCUGUCGCGGCAGGCGGCCAGGAUGGUCGCCGAGGGGGUCGACGGCGUGGUGGGGUUCCUGAGGCCGUUCGUGAUGUUUGCCGUGGUGAGGAAGGGGGACGCCGCGUUCGCGAGGGAUUUGAUAGGCGCGCUUGCCGCAGCGGCCACUGCAGCGGGUAAAUCGGGCGGGGCAGUCCCAGUGCUGAAAUUGCUCGGCGAGAGCUUGCUGCAUUUCGGCCGCGGGGAUGGGGAGGAAGGGCGGCUCUGGCUUAGUUCUGUGGAGUGCUUGGUCGAUGCGUACGUGAUAUUACUGAGGAAGUUAGCUCAUGCUCAAAGGCCAGCCUAUGAUGCCCAAGCAAGUAGUGUGGAGUUGCUAGAAAUACUUUUGUCGCAAUGUUCACUUCAUCACCAACUUCUGGGAAUGUCUUGUGCAGUUCUUCAAUUAUCAAAAUAUUUGUUUUCGGUGCAAAAGGACCUUGGGUUAUGCUAUCUUCCUGAAAUUUCUGGUGUUCUCAGUUCUCCUUCUUGCAUUCUCGGUGUGCUGGAGUUUGAAUCUGAGCAACUGGCUGGAUUGAAAUUUCUGGCCUUCUUGAUUGAAUGGAGACAUGAAAAUGCGGUCAAAACAAAUGAAGUGGUACACCACUUUAGUGAGGAGCUUCUCUGUGUUCUGCCAGUUAUCAACCUCGUUAUUUCUCCAUCGAGAUCUGUUAAAGCAGUGGCAUCCCAUGUGCUGUCAAGAUUUAGCUUGCUUGUUUUGGAGUUACCUGCUUCUUGUUCAUCAGAGAAACGAGACAUUUCAAUGGUCCACCACAUAAGCAGACCUACCUUUAUCCUUCCUAAACUUGUACAUCAUCUAUGGUCUCAGUUGCAGUCAUCUUCAGGUUUCUUUUUUACGAAGUAUGCAAUUUGCAAGGGAUUGCCGGAGUCAGCUGCAAACUAUUCAGAAGCUAAUUAUUGGACAGACCAAAUAAACGAGUAUCUGUCAGUCCUUGCCAGAGAAAAGCUUACACUGGAUGGCUCAUCUUCAAAAACGAUGUCAUCAGCACCAAUAUCAUCGCUUGUAAGCUCUGUAGUAUCUGUUUUGGUAAUGCACCCAAAACUUGGUACUUCUGCUGCUCGUUCCUUGGGUAAUCUUGGUGCAUCAGAUUCGAAACUGGGAAUGCCGCUGUUGCUAGUUAUCCUCUUCUAUUGCAAGAUUAUGUACAGCAAUGAUAACCUCUCAGCAAAUAGCUUGCUCAGUUUGCUUGAGUCGUUGCCAUCACUUGCUACACAUGGUUUUGUGCUUCCACUUGCUCUGCAAUUGAUAUCACCAAUGCUUAAAAAGGAUGCAAAAUCGACUCUGUAUGCUAUUGCUGUUCGAUUGCUUUGCAAGAUAUGGAUUAUCACAGAUUGGGCAUUUCCAAACUUACAAGGAGUUCUGGAUCCUGAAACAUUUUCCAGUUUCACUACUGAUAGAGAAGUUUUCACAAGUAUUGCUGCAUCAGUGCGUGAUGUUUGCAAGCAGAACCCAGAUAGAGGUGUCGAUCUCAUAUUAUCUGUCUCGUCUUGUAUUGAGAGCCGUGAUUCUGUAGUUCAAGCUCUUGGCCUGGAGAGCCUCUCCUAUCUCUGUGAGGCGGACAUCGUGGAUUUUUAUACUGCCUGGAAAGUUAUAUCAAAGGAGCUGAAAGAUUAUUCAAUUGAUCCCAUGGUUUCAAAUGGCUUAUGCAUUUUGUUGAGAUGGGGAGCAAUGGAUGCUGAAGCAUAUUCUGAAACAUCAAAGAACUUGAUACAAACAUUGUGGAGCAUUGGUACAUACAAGAAAAAUAACGCCGAAGCUGAUCAUCUUUGGAUUAAAGCAAGAGGAACUGCUUUUCAUUCAUUGUCCCACUACAAGAUCUCACUUAUUCAAGAUUCUAUUCCUGAUUUCUGGAGGAGAAACUAUGAGUGCUUUACUAAUGAACAUAAUCUGGAAGUUCUCAAAGCUAUGGAGAACUUUCAAGUCGAGAUUAUCAAAUUUGAGCACAUAAACCGCCGUAGAGUGACCACAGAUAAAAGAACCACGGUGCACAAAUUUGAGAAGUUAUUGGAUGUUCUCCCUCAGUCCGUGUUUAAAGAAAAAUCCGCACACCAUCGGUUGCCUGGUGCAGCUCUUUUAACCAUCAAGUUUUCCUCAGAGGACAUCCUUCGUGAAGGAAAAUCUAAGGGUUUGUCUAGAGUACAUGCUGCAUAUGAGCAGGCAUUAAUGGAGAUGGCUGAAUCUAUGUUUAUAUCAAGAAACAUUGUGGUAGCUCUUCUUGCUUUGCAUUCAUGGAAAUCAUUUGUCUCCCAUUGGAUGCAGGCAGCUGUAACUUUGCUUGACACUAAAGAAUCUUCAAAGUUGAAUAAACCUUUAAAAGCAGCUAACGAUAUUUUUAAGAUAUUGUGCAAGUGCGUUCCUGUAUCUAAUCCUAGAGUUGCUGUUAACAUUACUCUUGCAAUUGGAGCGCUGUGCUUGGUAGUUCCUCCGACUGCCCAUCUAGUAAUCACAUCUGCAUCUGAUUUUCUUUUGAAAUGGUUACUGCAAUAUGAGCAUGAGCACCAACAGUGGUCUGCAGCUAUCUCUUUGGGAUUUAUAUUCAAUUGUUUUCACCCCACGGACAAAAAAAGCAAGCUUCAGGUUAUUGAUGGACUCUUUGAGGUUAUCUCAAAUGCUGAUAGUUAUCUUGUAAAAGGAGCUUGUGGACUGGGAUUAGGUUAUGCUUCCCAAGGUCUUCUAACCAGAGCAGAUAGUACAUCUGAUUCAGACUUAGAAGCAACUACACAAUUCAACGAACGUGCAUCAGUUAAAGAAGUUCUUCACACUCUGACUGCUUCAUUAGUUAAACUAUGUCCAUCCUCAUGUCAUUCUCUCAAGAAACUAAGUAUUUGUGGAACAUUCUCCAUGGAAGGAAUGGAAGAAAAUUAUGACAGCUUAGAUGAUGAUCCUUGGGCUAUUGCGGGACUUGUUCUUGGUCUGGGAAACUCUGUUGUUGCUCUGUAUAGGCUUGGAGCUUAUGAAGACGUUAUUGAAAUCAAGAACAUAUUGAUAUCAUGGAUACCAGAUGUUGAUUCAAGCUCUGUGCUAUUUGAUGAAGUAAAUUCAGUAUCCCUGUGUAUGGGCUCUUGCCUUGCUCUGCCAUCUGUGAUAGCAUUUUGCCAGAGAGUGGAGUUACUGAAUGAUGAUUUGGAUGCUCUGUUCAAUCGCUACACUUCUUUAGCUACUGAACUCCUGAACCUCAAGAAAUCUGGAACUGUCUUUCAGAAUUUAUUGAUGGCUAUCUGUAUCGGUGCUGGAUCUUUGCUGUCUGGCAUAUUGAAUGAUGGGGUGCAUGCCAUGAAAUUUGCUGAUGUUAAGAAGUUUCUUGACAGUCUUAAAUAUAUAUACACCCAUCCUUAUCCUCCUCUUGUCCAUUUGGGAGGCAUGUUUGGUGCUGUCAAUGCUUUUGGUGCAGGUGCUGGAGACCUCACUGGGAUUGGUUGGCAAUCAAUGAAUUCACAGAUAAAGCAUGAGAAGGAGUCAACUUUGGUGCGAGGUCCUCUACUUACAAGUCCUGUUGGCGAGACUCUUUCAACGUCAAUGGUUCAGGAAAUAUUUCUUCUUGCCAAGGACGCAGAGGAUAAUCACGUACGGAAUUAUGCUGCAUGGGCUGUAUCAUUUCUUAGAAGUAGGUGGUUAUUAGAGAACCAAAGUCUUAAUGAUAAUGAUUCUUCUCAAAGAAAUUCCGUUGAUUCCAGUCAAUCAAGAAGUUUUUCUGCUGAAAGCUUAGUGUGGAACUUAAGUCUCUGGCUGAGGGAUCUUAACUUUGAAAAGCCUGGUGAUGUAGUGCCAGUAAAUACAAUUGCAACAGUUUUGAAAUGCCUUACUAAAGCUCCUAGAGUGCCAGCUAUAGACUGGGGGGUUAUAGUACGGCGGUGCAUGAAAGUUGAGGCACAAAUUCCUCAGAAGUCAACCAAUCAUCGAGAUCCUACAUUAUUAAGGGAAGAAUGCUUAUAUUUUUCUCUAGCUCAUGCCGAUCAUAUCAGUCCCCUUCUACAGUUUUUGGAUGAUCUGACAGAUUUACCCAGGUUCAGGAGAUUAGAAAUGAACGUGCAGUCUGUUUUGCUCCAAUAUUUGUCACACCUAAUGAAGCUCUUCUCUGAUUCAAGAUCUAAGAAACUGUACGAGGAUUUAGCUGUGUACUUCUGUUCCCACUUAUCUUCACACUUGGAUUACUCUUCUGAGCAGAGAAGCAUGUUAAGAAUGUCCUUCUGGAAAGGCAUCUGUAAGUGCCUGAUGGAGGUGGUCUCUGAAGAGACCGACAGUUUCUCUUAUGUUAAAAAAUGCAUCGAAUGCUUGUUACCUCUGUUGAAUCUCUGUAAUGAUGGUCAACCUGAAUUCGUGGACGAAUGGUCUGCUGCUAUCAAGUGUCUCAUUGUUGCUCAGAAAAGUUGGCCGGGUGAUAUGCUACAGGUGCACAGUACCACAUCCUUAAGUGAAGGAGAACAUGUUGAUGCGGCAAGGAAGAUUAUCAUCAGGGCAAGGUUGUGUUUUGCUGGUUGCAUUUCUGCACUUGAGCUGGGGAACAUAAAGACUACCAUACUGAGUACAACAGCUGAUGGCGUCUGGUGGAACGUUCUUGUUGAGGUUGCAGCAGCUGUAUACUCUGCUGACAAUGGUAUAAAGAAGCAGUGGCUUUUGGAUGCAUUAGACAUUGGUUGUGUUACAGCUCAUCCCUCCACGGCACUGCGUUUUGUUGGCCUGCUAUGUGGUAGCUGUUGUAUCUAUAUGCCACUUCUCAUUGUUAAUCCAACAAACGUACUGAGUGAUUUGCCCGUCACGCUGCCUUCCUUUCUCUCCAGCAGCAUUUGGGAUGACCUUAGAAACUCUGCCGCCGAUAAGUUAUGGUUGUUGACCACUCGCAUCUACAUGUGGGCAGAACAAUUGACUCGUGGAGAGGGCCUUCCUUGCCAUGAUCAUAUUCAUCGAAGUGAAGCUGAGAAUGCAACUUUUCUUGCGAACAUGCUGCGCUCUACAUGCAUCGCAGUGGAAGAUCACUUCACUGUAGAUAAACAGCUAAAGCUUGCAAACCUGGAGGCAUUAUGAGUGUAUGGAGAACUGAUUAUCAUUUUAACGAUCUGUAUGCAAUAGCAUAUUUGUCUAGAACACCUAUUAUUGCUGUUUUAACUGAUGAUGUAGCAAUGCCUUUGUUGUAUAUAAUUUUAGUUAGUUUCCCCAUAUAUUUUAAGUGAUGGUUCUUAGUGUGAACAUAAUUUGGUGGAAGAUAACCGGAGAAUAAAAUUGCUGUGUUCUCUGAAUUUAA